CUCCCUUUGUAGGUAUCACAUGAUGAUGUGCCUGAAGAGCUUUGGUAGUGACAACCCCUUGUUGAAGUACACAGUGGAUCACUCAAUCAGGAUGACAGACACCCAGAAGAAGCUGGUUGAAGAGACACUGAAACUCCCGAACGGAGCAAUGAUGGGUGCGCCUGAAGUGCUGCAGCUCAGUGCAAACCUCAUCCAAGUCAUUGGUGCCAAGAAGGUACUGGACGUAGGGGUGUUCACUGGUGCCAGUGCUCUCUCCGCCGCCUUGGCACUCCCUUCUGAUGGUGAAGUCCAUGCCCUUGAUAUCAGCGAUAACUACACUAAAAUUGCAAGAAAGUACUGGGAAGAAGCUGGAGUGAGUCACAAGAUCCAGCUACACAUCGCUGCUGCUGCUGACACACUCCAGAGAUUCAUAGAUGAGGGUCAGGCUGGCACCUUUGACUACGUCUUCAUCGAUGCUGACAAAGUCAACUACGACCGCUAUUUUGAGCAGUGCCUCGUGCUGGUGCGCUCGGGAGGUAUCGUAUCCUUCGACAACACACUGAGGUCUGGUAAAGUGCUUGAUCCUGAGGACCAGACGCAUGACACUCUGGCAAUCAGGAAUCUCAAUGUGAAACUCAGAGAUGACAACCGCAUCAACAUCUCCUUCCUCAACAUUGGCGAUGGCUUCACCUUGUGCUUUAAAAAGUAAGGCCUGCAGUCAUCAACAGUCUGAUUGUGCAGAAACCAGGAAGGUACAUCUGACCUCAACCCUUCUCUGUGUUGAACACUCCUCACAGCUUUAGUGUUUCAUGAAAUUCUGUACAGUCCAUAACAUGUGAUGACACCAUGAGCUACACAAAUAAUUAUAUCAUUAAUGUAUUGUUAUAUCAAAUCCUUACUAGUAGCCUUCAGGUCUUUUGACCAUUUCAAACCUGAAUAAUAGGAUAGUUUCUAGUUUGGAAACUGUCAUAAGAUCCAUAUCAAGUAAAUAUCUAGAUAAUGAGGUGAUGAGGAAGGGAAAAAAAUUUUUUUAUUAACACAUCGGCCAUGUCCACCUAGGCAGGGUGACCCUAAAAACAAGAAACACUUUCAUCGUCAUUCACUCCAUCACUGUCUUGCCAGAGGUGUGCCUACACUACAGUUAAAAGACUGCAAUAUAUCUCCACACCUCCUGGGUAUAUACACUGUAAACAAACCAUACUACAGUUGGGGUUUGAACCCACAGUCAUAGAGUCUCAAAACUCCAGACCGUCACGUUAGCCACUGGGCUAGCUAGCUUCAUAAGAUUCAUCCAACUAGGUGUAUUUCUAUACCAUAGG